CAAGGAAAUUACCCGUAGGGAUGUAGACUGGAUGUUCGUAGUUCGAGGGUGACGCUGGAAUUGAGCCUAGACAUUGACUAGAGUUCCCAUUAGCCUGUCUCUAGGAACAAUAGUCAGCCGGGCUCUCAGUAAUAUGUAUAUGGUAAUGCGAUAGAUGUCUUGAUUAUGGCUUGAAAACGCUUGAAAGCAGCCAAUCAGAUACUGCCAGGAUACUCGACUCCCUGGCACGUGGUCGUCCUCGAAUCGAUUCAGGAUUGCAUCAGAAUUCCUAACCGUAUACUCAAGGUUGUUCUUCUGAAUUUACUUGUCUGGAAGCCGCAACUUGGUGGGAGCUUAAACUACUGUGCAAAAUGUGUGGUAUCUGGGCUAUAUUUGGUAUCCCAGAGUACUCAAAGUAUGCCAGCUGUGCCAUGAAAAUCUGCCAAAGAGGACCUGAUGUCUUCCGUAUGGAGACCAUUCCUCACUUCCAGAACUGCUGUGUGGCAUUUCACCGGCUUGCCAUUGUUGAUGAUCUCUAUGGAAUGCAGCCAAUGAGGAUUAAAGCACUACCACACCUCUACCUUAUUUACAACGGGGAAAUAUACAACCACAAAGCAGUUGGAAAGCAGUACGACUUUGACUUUUUCACAAAAUGUGAUGGAGAAGUCAUUCUACAUCUUUAUGACAAGUUUGGAGCAGAGAAAAUGGCGCAAAUGCUGGAUGGUGUUUUUGCAUUCUGUAUCAUUGACACUAAGAACAAAGAAGUACACAUUGGAAGAGACACUUUUGGGAUCCGUCCAUUGUUUACAUUGUCUGUGGCUGGCAAGGAAACAGGAAUUUUGGCUCUGAGCUCUGAAGCGAAAGCUCUUGUCCCUCUGAUCAAGCAGUUUGAAAAAAAUGGCAGUAAAAUUGUUGUGAAGCCAUUUUUUCCAGGUCAGUAUGCAUCAUAUAGCUUGUCCCCCGAUGGACAAACUACGUUUAUUGAGCAAAAAGCCUACACAAAGAUAGGCAAGCCACCAGUGUUUGAAACCAGUGUAAAGCCAGACUCCAGCGAUGUCAUGGAAAAUAUCAGAAAGCUGUUUUCUGAGGCAGUGCGUAAACGCCUCAUGGCUGACCGUAGAAUUGGCUGUCUGCUCUCAGGAGGCCUGGAUUCCAGUUUAGUGGCUUCUUAUCUGACCAAGCUGGCAAAGGAAAGUGGGAUUGACUACCCAAUCCAAACAUUCUCAAUUGGAAUGGAAGGAAGUACAGAUGUUGCAGCAGCACGGAUAGUGGCCAACCAUAUUGGUAGUGAACAUCACGAGGUCAUCUUCACAGCUGAAGAAGGAAUCCAAGCAUUACGCGAUGUCAUUUAUGCCCUGGAGACUUGGGACAUAACAACAAUCCGUGCUUCUGUGGGAAUGUAUCUGGUGAGCAAGUACAUAAGUAAAGAAACUGACACGGUGGUUAUUUACUCUGGUGAAGGUUCUGAUGAGCUGUGUCAAGGUUACAUCUAUUUCCACAAAGCUCCAAGCCCAGAGGAAGCUGACCUAGAGUCCCGAAGACUGCUGGAAGAUCUUUACCUUUAUGAUGUUCUGCGAGGUGACCGGUCAACUGCUGCACAUGGUCUAGAAAUCCGAGUACCUUUCCUGGAUGUUCAUUUCACAUCUUAUUUCCUGUCCCUUAAUCCAGAGAUCCGCCAACCUAAGGAUGGCAUUGAGAAGUGGCUUCUUCGAGCCUCUUUUGAUAACACUGAUGCCUUACCCAAAGAGAUUUUGUGGCGUGCUAAGGAGGCAUUCUCUGAUGGAGUGUCAUCUACCAAGCCUGGGCAGUCAUGGUAUGAGCUGUUACAGAAUCACAUCAAAAACCAGGUUCCUGAUGAGGCCUUGGCUGGUGCUGCUGAACUGUACCCGUACAACACUCCUAAGACCAAGGAAGGCUUUUACUACCGCCAGAUUUUUGAAGAAUUGUUUCCUGGUCAGAGCCAUUUUAUUCCAUAUGUGUGGAUGCCAAAGUGGACUAAUGCCACUGAUCCUUCCGCAAGAACCCUGGAACAUUACAAAGAAUAAUGGAGGAUAGAUCCUGGCCACACUGCAAAUUAACAUACUUAAACUUUUUUCUGUAGAACCUUUGUGAGCAUUCUUAGUUGCUCUGAGUCUAAAAAUGUUUUAAUGGAUUGAUUUAAAGGAGUGACCCCAUUGUUACUCCACUAAUCAUUGUAUUGAAUUAGUGAAAACACAGGUCUGAAAGACAUGUCUUUUACUAUCAUUGUGUUGCGGCAUUGUAUUUAUAUUUGUAUAUAAAUAAAAAGGUUGCAAUUUGAGGUUUUA